AUUGUCUCGCGGGACCGCGCCGGCAGACGGGCUCUCGGGUGGCCCGUGCCGGAGGAGAGGAGUUGCAUGUGUCGCUUCAGCUGGCGGUAGUGGCGGGAGCGGAGGCGUCGGCAGCGGUAAGACCGCCUGGGUGCGUGAGAUGGCUGCUGACCUUUCUGAGGCCGGGGGGCAGGACUGCAGAGGCGACCCCAGGGGCAAUCCCAAGUCAGACGCAGAUUACCCGCUGCGAGUCCUUUACUGCGGAGUGUGUUCGUUACCAACAGAGUACUGUGAAUACAUGCCUGACGUUGCUAAGUGCAGGCAGUGGUUAGAGAAGAAUUUUCCGAAUGAGUUUGCGAAACUUACUGUAGAGAACUCACCCAAACAAGAAGCUGGAAUUACUGAAGGUCAAGGGACAGCGGGGGAAGAGGAAGAGAAGAAAAAGCAAAAGAGAGGUGGAAGGGGUCAAAUAAAACAAAAAAAGAAGACUGUACCACAAAAGGUCACAAUAGCCAAAAUUCCCAGAGCAAAGAAGAAAUACGUAACAAGAGUGUGUGGCCUUGCAACCUUUGAAAUUGAUCUUAAAGAAGCACAAAGAUUUUUUGCUCAGAAAUUCUCCUGCGGUGCCUCAGUGACGGGGGAGGACGAGAUCAUCAUCCAGGGGGACUUCACAGACGACAUCAUCGACGUCAUUCAGGAGAAGUGGCCAGAGGUGGAUGACGAUAGCAUCGAAGAUCUUGGAGAAGUGAAGAAGUGAUUUUGAAAUUCUGUCUGUAUUUAAUGGUCUGAACUGAGAGUUGAUACAGCCAAAGGGGGAGAGGCCUUUUGAAAAGAAAAUAUAUUUAUCCUACAGUCAGACUGUAGGCCGCCCUCGCCCGUGGCCUUUUCACUGUCUGUGCAAGGCUGCUUGUUUUCUUAUUGCCAAAGUCUGAUAAACAGCGGGGACUGUCAUGCUUAUGCAUGAAAUAGAAUUUAGUCAAAUAAAAGUUUUUGGUCACUUGGUACUGACGUUUCUCCUCUCUUUUAAAUUUUUUAUUUUUGGAAAAACACUGUAGACUUUUUGUGGGAAGUUUAUGUGUUAUUUUUUUAAAUGGUCAUGAUUUACUCGAAUCAUGAUUUAAAGCUGAAUGGUGUUUUACAGAAUUCUAAUUUGGCUUCAUCGCCAGUAGUAACUACCCCUUGCUUCUUUGGCGUGCUAGUUUCCAGACGCUUGAGCCUCUGGUAGGUCCGUGGUCGAGUCGGCUUCAUUGUCACCGAGCCCACUCUGGGCGCCUCUGCGUCCUGUGGGUAGGAGCUGUUCCGGACGUUACUUGGUGAAGUGUACUAAACGCCUUACCACCACCUGCACUGCUGGACCCAGUGAGCCACGCCUCUGACACUAUCCUAAAGGUGUCAGUCUUGUGUUCGUCACGGCAUCACCCAUGACAUCAAAGAGAUGGCAACGGUACCAAGGAACAACUGGGAGGCGGCUAAAGAGGUGAUGGCGCACCACGUGGUAGAAUGUCAUGCAUCGUUGUGAGCGGGAGGCCACUCACAGAGGCUGCGAGUCCCCCUGUUCUGCCUGCACAGGAUGGUGUGACGUUCUGCUGGCCUGUUGCAGAUACUAUAAACCCAUGUUCAAUGUGUUGCCUGGGAAAUAGCGGUUGAAACACGUUUUUCUCACAAGGGAAACUGACAAUUUUCCUGAAUGCACUAAAUGAAUUUAAACUUUGUUUUUAUAAAGGUCUUAAGUCAGGUGCUACAAAUCGAAAAGAAGACUCAUGGUAUUUUAAUUGCUCUAGACAUCUUUAAGAAAUUUAGGACCUGCUGUUGAUUGCCAUGCAAAUUUACAAUCUUGAAUGAAUGUUUUUUUUUAAUAAUUAAAAUCUUAGACUGUGUAGUAAAGAUGUAAAUUUAAAAAAAUUCUGCAUUAACUGUGAAUUUUACUAAAUACGAUUAUUGUAUGAUGAAGCGAAUUUAGCCAUGGAGACCAUUUGGUGUGUGUUAUGUGUGUAUUCUGUUGGUUCUGGAAGAUGUCCGUGGGCCUGUACAACACAUGUGACUUCAUGUAAAGAUUCCCAGUGUUCACAGUUCUUGUCAAAUGCAGUUGCAGUCCCUACCUAGGCAGCAGUGGGUGUUACUGCGGGAAAAUGCAGGAUUAAAACCGUCCUUGUGUAUA